CACCCGUCAGUCGCGCCUCCUCCACAUCCGCGCACCCGGAAACUGAUCAGUGCAACAAAAGCAGCGCUUUCUGCAGGCAUUAAACUCCAUCAGCAUCAUGUCGGAUAAAAGUGAGCUGAAGGCCGAGCUUGAGCGAAAGAAACAACGCUUGGCUCAGAUUAGAGAGGAGAAGAAGAGAAAGGAGGAGGAACGCAAGAAAAAAGAGGCUGAGCUGAAGAAGGUGGCCGUCCCACAGCAGGAUGACUCAGACCUGGAGAAGAAGCGCAGAGAGGCGGAUGCUCUUCUGCAGAGUAUGGGCAUCACGUCUGACACACCUGCGGUUCCUGCACCCGUGUCUCCCACGGCCAAAUCUGUGGGAACUCCUAGUGAGGCCGGGAGCCAAGACUCAGGAGAAGGGGUCACCGGACCAAGGACUCUGCACUGGGACUGUGACCCCUCUACUCUUCUGCUUCACUCUGAGCUGGGACGUGGUCCUAUGAAGUUGGCAAUGGCGAAGACGACCCACGUGGAUUUCCCACCCAAAGAGGUGGUGUCCUACACCAAGGAGACUCAGACGCCCACCACGACGCAGCAGAAAGAGGAGGAAGAUGAGGAGGAAGAGGCCCCAGCACCACAGCCAGAGGUGGAGGUAGAGAAAGAGAAACCAGUGGAGAAACACGAAGAGGAAGCGUCCCCUCAUGAGCUAACAGAAGAGGAGAAGUUACAGAUUCUGCACUCGGAGGAGUUCAUGGAGUUUUUCGAUCACAGCACACGCAUCGUGGAGCGCGCUCUGUCCGAACGCGUGGAUGUUUUCUUCGACUACAGCGGCCGGGACAUGGAGGAGAAGGAGGGUGAGAUGCAGGCUGGGGCAAAACUGUCUCUGAACAGAAAGUUUGUUGAUGACCGCUGGUCCAAACAGCGAGUGGUAACUUGUCUGGAUUGGUCCCCACUGUAUCCAGAGUUGCUGGUCGCCUCUUACAACAACAAUGAGGAAUCCCCACAUGAGCCUGAUGGAGUGGCUUUGGUCUGGAACAUGAAAUACAAGAAGGCCACACCGGAGUAUGUCUUCCACUGUCAGUCUGCGGUCAUGUCCGCAUCGUUUGCAAAGUUUCAUCCUAACCUGGUUGUCGGUGGCACUUAUUCAGGACAGAUCGUCCUGUGGGACAACAGAAGUAACAGGCGCACCCCUGUCCAGAGGACCCCUCUCUCUGCUGCGGCCCACACGCACCCAGUGUACUGCGUGAAUGUGGUUGGCACACAGAACGCUCAUAACCUCAUUAGCAUCUCUACUGAUGGAAAGAUGUGCUCCUGGAGUCUGGACAUGCUGUCUCAACCACAGGACAGUAUGGAGCUGGUGUUUAAGCAGUCUAAAUCCGUUGCGGUCACCUCCAUGUCCUUCCCUCUGGGUGACGUUAAUAACUUUGUGGUGGGGAGUGAGGAUGGAUCAGUGUACGCAGCCUGUCGCCAUGGCAGUCGGGCAGGGAUCAGUGAGAUGUUCGAGGGACAUCAUGGUCCAAUCACAGGCAUUCACUGUCACACAGCGACUGGGCCGGUAGAUUUCUCUCAUCUCUUCCUGACCGCCUCUUUUGAUUGGACCGUUAAACUCUGGAGCAGCAAGAAUAACAAGCCGCUGUACUCUUUUGAGGAUAACUCGGAUUAUGUGUAUGAUGUGAUGUGGUCUCCGGUACAUCCCGCCCUGUUUGCUUGUGUCGACGGACUCGGACGCAUCGACCUGUGGAACCUCAACAACGACACCGAGGUGCCCUCUGUCAGCGUGGCUGUGGAAGGGAGUCCUGCUCUGAACAGACUGCGCUGGUCUCAGUCGGGCAGAGAGAUCGCUGUCGGGGACUCAGAGGGACAGAUACACAUCUACGACAUCGGCGAGCAAAUUGCAGUCCCGCGGAACGACGAAUGGACCCGGUUUGUGCGAACACUGGUGGAGAUCAACGAGAACCGUGACGAUGCUGAGGAGCUAGCCGCCCAACGCCUUUCCGCUUGAUCCUCGUGGAAACCACCAAAGCUGUAAUCAUCUCUCUCUUUGGAAAUGAAGUUAUUUCUGUCUGCAAACCUUUGAUUCUGCUUUUGUUUGGAAUGAAAAUAUGUACCGUUGACCGUAGGUGCGAUUCUUAGUGCGAGAGCAGAAGGCCUCCCUGUCGACCCACAACCAGAAGCCUUAACUUUUGCAUGCAAAAACAAAAACCAUAAUGAAUGUUUCUGUUUUUCUAUCCAGGUUUCGCUGUGUGUGUUAAACUCUCAGCUCAUUAUGCACAGCCAAAUAUAAACCAUUUACACAGACGAAUCUCAUUGAGCCAUUGUCUGGCUCAUAAGACAAAAGAAAAUACUUAGAUUUUCAUGAUAGUUAAACACAUUUUCAACAAAUUCACAAAACAAAAAUCUUUGUUCGAUUUACUGCCUUAAAUUUACACAGAUUUGAGCAAAACUACAUUUGUAUUUCAUUUUUAUUUUUUGUAAUGCAGUAAGAAUGGUUAAUUGUCAUUUAGUAGAAAAUGUCCUAAAAAUAUCUCUUUAAAAUGUUGCUGUUUUCUUUUGAUUUUGGGGUCGAAAUAUGGAAAAUGAAACAUCUUUGAGAGGUUUUGUAAGAUUCACCCUAACAUCAAACUGUUGGCAAUACUAGUAAACCGUUGUACUCUAUCAAACUCGAUGACAAACCUAGAGAAAUCUCCAGAUCUACCUCUUGUAGAAGGUUUCAGUGGGACACAUUCAGCAUCACCAGUGGAGAUUUCUGCUGUCUAGCUCUGGACCAAAUGCUGGAGUAAUUUGUGACUCUUUGCUCUUUUUUUUUUCUCCUGUUUAUGAUGGAUUUUGUUCCUCUCCACCUUAGCAGAGGCACAAUCAUGUAUUUAUUAUACAUAUCAAUAUACUGGGUUGAUUUAAAGACUGUCUGAAUCGCUCUUUUCGAGAUCAAGGUCUUCCUUUUCCAGUGUCCCUCUCCUGUUUGAAACGCUAACAGUAACUUUUGCAGAACCUCUUUGAAUGUCUUUGUAUAUCUCAAUACUUUUUCUAAACCAAAACUUUGGUAAAUGUCUUCUGAUUUAUCUCAAUCAGUUUGAAGUCAUCAGUCUAUCCUGUAGUAUUCACAAGCAGAAAGUAGGUUUGAGGAUUUCAAAACCUUGUUUUCUACAGUGUUCCUCAUGUUUAAGUGAAUGUCCAAUAAUUUCUGCAUUUGAAAACAACUAUUGUGAUUUAUUUCAAUAAAUGACAAUACAAUUAA